UCAGUGACGUAAACAAGCAGCCCUAGCUCAUUCUUUACUCGCCCCCCCUUCUCCUCCCCCUCCCUUUUCCCUCUCCCUUCUCUUCCUCCCUCCCUCCUUCCCUCCCUCUCCCUCUCUCUCUUUCCUCUCCCUUUCCCUCUCCCUCUUCUCUCUCUUAGCUUCAUAACAUUAAAGAGAAAAUGCUGCUAUCAGUGACUUCCAGGCCUGGGAUUUCGACUUUUGGCUAUAACAAGAACAACAAGAAGCCAUAUGUGUCAUUGUCUCAGCAAAUGGCACCACCUAGUCCAAGCAACAGUACCCCCAGCAGCAGCAGCGGGAGCACUGCAAACGACCAGCUGAGUAAAACCAACCUCUACAUCCGGGGAUUGCAGCCAAGCACUACUGACCAGGACCUAGUCAAGUUGUGUCAGUCAUAUGGCAAGAUUGUCUCCACUAAGGCCAUACUGGACAAGACCACAAACAAAUGCAAAGGCUAUGGCUUUGUGGACUUUGACAGUCCUUCAGCAGCACAGAAAGCUGUAACAGCACUGAAAGCCAGUGGUGUACAAGCACAGAUGGCAAAGCAACAGGAGCAGGACCCCACAAAUUUAUACAUCUCAAACCUCCCACUGUCAAUGGAUGAGCAAGAACUGGAGGGAAUGCUGAAGCCCUUUGGCCAGGUUAUCUCCACUAGAAUCCUUCGAGACACCAGUGGGACCAGCAGAGGGGUUGGCUUUGCAAGGAUGGAGUCCACAGAGACGUGUGAAGCCAUCAUCACCCACUUUAAUGGAAAAUAUAUUAAGACACCCCCUGGAGUACCAGCCCCAUCUGAUCCCUUACUUUGCAAAUUUGCUGAUGGGGGUCCAAAGAAACGACAGAACCAAGGGAAAUUUGUGCAGAAUGGACGGGCCUGGCCAAGGAAUGGAGACAUGGGAGGUAUGGCCUUGACCUAUGACCCCACCACAGCGCUUCAGAAUGGGUUUUACCCAGCUCCUUAUAACAUCACCCCCAACAGGAUGCUUGCUCAGUCUGCACUGUCCCCAUAUCUUCCAUCUCCUGUGUCUUCAUAUCAGAGAGUAACUCAGACAUCUCCUCUACAAGUACCUAACCCGUCUUGGAUGCACCACCAGUCAUACCUCAUGCAGCCUUCAGGUUCAGUUCUGACACCAGGAGUGGAUCAUUCCAUUUCUCUCCAGCCUGCCUCCAUGAUGGGACCUCUUACCCAGCAACUGGGCCACCUCUCUCUCGGCAGCACGGGCACGUAUAUGCCAACAGCUGCAGCUAUGCAAGGAGCAUACAUCUCCCCGUACACCCCUGUGCCUUCUUCUAGUGUUUCAGCUGAGGAGAGCAGCAGCCAGCAGAAUCAAGUGACGGUGGAUGCUCCCGCAGACCAUGGGGUCUAUUCUUUCCAGUUCAACAAGUAACAGUGGAUUUCCCUCCGCAUCUUUGUUGAGUAUAAAUGAAUUCUUGGAGAUGCUGACGCUGCAGACUCCAGAGGGCUGACCAGGAACACAGCCCCUUUGUGGCCCGGUGAGGACUAACACAUGGCCGUCGGUUUUCACAGGCCUAGGCCUGGACAAAGAAAUCUCUGCACUCCUGCCCUCUGCUCUCCCUCCGCUCCUGGUGGAGCUUGGAGGAACUGUCACUUUCUGUGUGUGCUACAGUCAAGGAGAUCAAAAAAACUUUUUUUCUUUUGUGAAGAAAGUUUUAUGUUUUGUUUUUAACUGCAAUAUAUUCUUUCCCUACCCCAAAGAGACAUGGUGCCUGGAACUUCUUCUAAUCUUUAUGAAAAACAGUUUUUGAUGUGAUGGACUUAUUUGGGAAGGCUUUUUAAAAAAAUUAUUUCUUUUCUUAAAAAAAAGAAAAAGGUGUGGUGCUAGAACAUUGAUGGAGUCCUCCUGUGGGCCCUUCUUACUGAGUUUAGUUAUGGACUUUUUGGCAGGGUGUGUGUAAGAAAAUACGCAGAUUUUUACAGUUAUGUUUUAUAAAGCUCUUAGAUCACACACCCCAUCUCUUCUUCAUGUACAUUUUAUGCCUUCUUUCUCUCAUCCAGAUUGUUCUUUUUUUCUUUUCCAUAGAGCAGAACCUGCCUACGUUGCCUCUUUACAGUUUUUAAUUUUGUGAAUUUCUUUUUUGAAUGAAACGUCGUAUGGAAUUUGGGGGGGCUGGUCAAGGAAGAAGGUAGAACACUAAGCAGGCCAUGGAAGUGGCUUUUCCUCCCUCUGCCCUGCCACAUCCUAGGAGGAAAGACUAGACUUUGCCUUCUGGAAGCAGAGAUGUGACCUAGGCUCACUAAAGAGACACAUCCCACAGCCUUUGGAAGCCAUCCUUGAUCCAAAUUUGGAAGAAGACUAGGUUUUCCCUGGCAAGUUCCAGAGGAAUGGACCUACUAACUUUGGACUAAUUCUCCCUGCUGAGGCCAGCACCACCCCCUCUGAGGAAGUGUCUUCUCUGGCUAUAGCUUUUCGGGAAUACCUGCUUUUCUGCUUCCUGGAGGAUCUUUUCUGUCCUGGGUCUCAAGGCCCCUCUUUCCUAUCGCUGUGCUCAGAGCCUUUGCGUUUGGGACCUCGCUGAAUCCCCUUAGGUUCCUUCCCCACGGCAGACAAUCAGCUGCUUCACCUCUAGACCAGUGAUUCUCACAGAGGUGGUUUUGUACCCUAGAGGCCAUUUGGCGACCUCUGGAGACAUUUUUGAUCGUCCUGCCCGGGGGUGGGGGCUGGGUGCUCCUGGCAUCUGGUGGCCAGAGGCUGGGGUUCUGGUGAACAUCCUGCAGUGCACAGCAGAGCCCCAGCUGCCCCAGCACAGACUCACCUGGCUCAAAAUGUCAGUAGUGCCGAGGUCAGGAAACCUUGAUGUGGGCAGUGUCGUCCCUGCCUCCUGUACCAGAGGACGUAGUAAGUUCCCAUCCCAACCCUGGACACACAGGGCCUUUUGACACUCAGGCAACGAGUUGAGAGGGACAGAACUGAGGUUCUUGAAUUUUCCCCGGGCUUUGACCUUUGGCACCUCUGCGUACAGCAAGAGCUGUCCUUGAGAGGCUUGUGCCACGUGCACACACACGCUCAGAAGGAUCGGGGUGGGGACUGUUCUGUGCGUGUGUGCUGUGCAGGGGCGGGAGAGGACAAAGCUCUUUGUAACUGUCCAAAGCAAACUGUCCUGGUGUGUUUGGGCCCCUUCUCCAGGGAACCAGGACAUCAAAAAUAAUUUUCCUUCUUGUGGAAGGACGGCAGGGAGCUAGGAUAGAAGGUCACUAUUUACAAGGUCAGGAGUCCUUCCAAAAAAAGGUUACAUCUUGCUCUUCAUCUCCUUCUGCAAGACCUGCCUGUGCACAUGGAGGCAGAUAGGAGGGAGCCUUUGCCUGUCUUCUAGGACAUAAGAUCCUGCUCCCGUCUCUUCCCAGUCACUCCCUUCUGCACGGAAAGGAGAGUUCUGCUCCCCUUCACUUCAAGGUCAGGGGCCUUUCCCCCAGUCAGAGAGAAAGCCAAAUGAUGGAGAGUGGAGAAACAGGUGUUCAGCAGGCUGGCCGUGGGGAGAGGAAGGAGAUUAUGCUGGGCGGGAAGACGCUGUAUUGCCAGUUGUUGUACCUGGAGCUUGGGCCCAGCUUUCCCUCCCCUCCACCCAUCCCAGAGUUGAGAGUCCUAAUGCUCCCUCCCCCAGGAGUGUCCUUUUGCACAUCCUGGGGGUAAGGGAGUAGGGUAGGAUGUAGAGUGUAAAGGACAAAAUUGCCACUGUUAAUUUUCUCAUGGGUACUUCCAACCUCAGGAAGGGUUUUUCUAAUGUAAAACAGCUCCAAGCCCAGUAACCUUCUAGAAGGGUUUGGCUGGGCAGGUAGCUCUUGUUUCUGAGUCUCUAGUCCUUCGUCAAGGAAAAUACACCAUACAUUUCUUGUCCGUGGCCUUCGAGAAAAAGAGAAAAAUCUAGAAUCCUGUUCAUUUACUUAAUAGUAGUUUGGGGGAGCCUUGCUUUGCUGUGAGGUUUAGUGAAAUGAGGGACUUUCAUGUGUCAAGACUGUUCUUGAUGUCACUGCUGCCCCUCCUCUGCCUCCCAGAAUUCCUUGUUCUGUCUCCUUUCUCUGUAUUUAAAUGUUUAAAUGGCUGUAAUUUUGCUCUGUUUUGUUUUAAAACUGUGAGUUACCUUUUGUGUGUUCUCCUCAUGUGAAUCUGCUUAAUGGAUUUUAAUAAUGAAUGUUUGGGCAGGUUUGGGCAUGGAAGUGACGGAGAGCCUGAAGUUAUUUUUGUAGUGGUUAAUGGCAUCAUGAAAUUUCGUUUGGGCCUUUUUGGGUUACACUCAUGAUACUUUUUCCCUAAUUGUUAGUUCAUUUCUAACAGUUCUUAACAUGGAUGAGUGAUUGGGAAAAUGAGACAAGGAGUGAGGGAUACUUUUUCUCUCAUGAAAUAGUCCAUUGGUGGCAGGGGUGGCAGAAGAGUUGUAAGGGGAGCCUUCAAGCUCACAGCCUAGGGCUGGGCUCCUUAAACCCUAUGCUGUGUUUUCUGCAUCUGGUCUUCAUGGAGCCCAGGUCAUACUCUCUCUGUACUUCACAUCUCACUCCUGCUCAUUACAGAUGCUCAUAACAUUCUUAAAAUAUUUUAAUACUUUGUAUUUUUCUCUUUUCAGUCACAUAGAACAUACUAGAAUCCCUUUCUCAGAUGAUAUCCUUUACUAGGCUCAGAGCCUGCCUGUCCUGUCUCAUGCCAGUCUUAUUACUGCUCCUCUCUCACUCUGAGAUGAUACUCAGCCCUGAGGCUGAUUACUUUUGGAGGAAGGUGUGGGUUGAGAUGAGGGAAGAUGUGGGAAUGAUGAUGGGGAAAGGUGUUGUUUUUCAAAGGAUUUUAAGAGCUGCCCAGACUAGGAAGCCUGGUGGCUCUGAAGAGGUAAUAAACAGCCCUUGUCCAGAUGGGGGUAGUAGGGAGACGAUCCUUGCACUGAGUGUGAGGACUACACUUGCUGCUCUGCUGACCAUCCCUGGAUUGGGCCAUCUCAGCCCAGUUCCAUUCUUCCUUUUCUAACUUACUGAUCAGUGAGCUCAUUCAGUCCCUUGGUGCCUGCAUUGCUUAUUUCUUGCUGCUUCAGUGUCUGCCGUUUGGGGGCCUACAUGUGGGUUGUUACUUUGCUCCGCAAAGGUGAGGUGAGAGGCCUUGCUGGAAUGGAGUGUUGCAGGGAUCCCAACAGAAUCAUCAUCUAGGAAAAAGAAAAAAAAAAAAUUUUUUCUCUUAUGCAUGUGCCCCACCUUCUGGUCGAGCAGCAGCAUUGCACUUACGAGGGAGUUAACCUUGACCUUCUUGGCCUAGGGCAAUAAACUAAGGUCCGUGAUCCUGUCUAAACGUGUCCCCAGGCUCUCUGCUAGACCAGCUUCAGAGAAGAGGGUGGGUAUUAUGAAAACCAGUCUGUAAGGGCUAGGUCUUAAACCUUGUGCCUUAUCACACUAAUCCUUGCUGAUUACCUCUUAAACCAACUACUCCAUUUCUGUGCUACCUGCAUUUUAGGUUCUUCCAAGCAUUAGCAGAUCCCUUGUUUCCUUAGCUUUUACCCCUUCCUUUUGUAGGAGGGUCUCCCUUCAACAGCGGAGACAGGCCUGUGAGCUCUAUCACCCUUCUCAUCUGUGCUGAGUUCUGCGGCACCUCCCUUGGGGUGGCCCCCCAUGACUGCAGUAAUGAGGCUAGAUGCCCUCUCAACCCCGGUUACUACUGCUCUUUCUCCCUGGCAUGUCCACUUCUGUUUUGAAUGAACCUUCAUUCUCCAGGUGUAUCCCAGAGCUUCCUUCUUUGUUACACAUCUACCUCAGUUUCACAAUUCAAAACGGGCACAAGCAGCUGGUUUACGUCUUUCCCUCCUUUACUCUGUCCUUCCCUUCGUAAGGGUUAGGAAGCUGGCGGCUAGAGAGGGCUCAUGAUCAAAUGCAAAAACUUCAGUCAUUUUGGUUUCCGAAAUGUCUUGCGAUCUUUACCUCAUUUAUCCCCCUAGAAUAGUGUGAACGCCUCAGUUCGGUCUUGCUGAGGUAGCCGGGGUAGGCUGAGUGAUGACUGCUCUGGAUCUAACUAAUGCUUGGGAGCCACCCCCAGGAACAGAAACACUGGAGCAGAGCUUAGAAAUAGAGAGGAUGAGCGAGUUUGCCAGUGGCUACCAUUAGCUGAGAAGGUAAGCAUGCACCAGAGAGGGUGUUAGGGACUUUUAUAGGCCUGAAAGCAGAGCUGUUCCUCCUCCACCUAUUCCAGUUAGAGGGUCACCAAAACAAAACUUUAAGCCUGGAGCAUGGUAAGCUUUCCUAGCCUGAGUAAAGAAGGUUCUUGCCCCAUUACUGAUGUCCACAUCCCCCAACACACACAACGUUUUUUGGGUGGUGAGUGCUCUCUUGCAUGCACUUAUCACCUUGGACAGGAAAUAAGUUUAAUUUAUACUCAAAACACAUUUUGUACAUUUUUUCUUUAUCCAGAGGUUUCUAGUCUUAUACUCUUGCCAUGUCUAUGCCAAUGCCACCCAUUCUUCCUUUUCUGACUGUUGGUAUUCUCACGUUCCUUCCCUACAAUUUGGUGGAACUUUAUCUUAUUUCAACUUUUUAAAUAAAACACAAAAGUCUG